CUGCCCCCUCACCCGGCAGCUAGCUCAGUGCACCCUAGAGCUGAGCCCGAGAAGCCGGCCUCUGACGGUGCCCGCGUGGCGCUUGCCAGAAAAUACCCCUUGCAUUUUAAUUUCCCGGCCGCUUUUCUGGCAUGCACCGCUCGCCCAGAGCCACCUCGGCUCCCCAGCGCAGCCCUGUCGGAGCUCUCCACGCCUUCUCCGCUCCCUGCGUGCCCAAGGCCGAGCCCAGAACCCACUGUCCAGACGGCGCAGUGGGCGUGAGAGCACCGGCGCCCCAUGCUCCUCAGUCCCUCCUGGUCGAACCCAGCUCCCCGACUCUUCUCCAUCGCCAGAACGCGUGUCGUUCGGAUCUAGGUCCGCACGUCUGCGGCCCCAGUCCGGGGCUCCGCAAACCUCUCUAGGGUUCCCGUGCGCCCCGCGGCCCCACCCCCACCCCGGCGCUGUCCGCGAGCCUGCGUCCCCCAACCCUGCACCGGGAGCGCUCCUUGGUCACCUCGGCCGCGUUCAUUUCACUUCCUCCCGCGGUCGAGAUUGCAGCAAAACCGGGCAGCGCGAGGGCCAAAAAAAGUGGAAAGGAGAGCGCCUUUCGGGUCGCACAGCCAGCUCGGCCAACUCUCCCUCCCCAGCGCCGACCCUCGCAAUCCCAACUGCAACUUUUUCCCUUCUGCCUCGUUUUCCCCUGGGCUGCGGCGUGCGGGGAGCGGGGCCGCGAGGCGUGGAGCAGGCGGGCGGCUGCGGGUGGCGCGCCGGCGAGAAGCUGCGAGCCGGCGAGUGGAAGCAGCGAUCGGAGAUGGAUGUCUCUCUUUGCCCAGCCAAGUGUAGUUUUUGGCGGAUUUUCUUGCUGGGAAGCGUCUGGCUGGACUAUGUGGGCUCCGUACUGGCUUGCCCGGCAAAUUGUGUCUGCAGCAAGACUGAGAUCAAUUGCCGGCGGCCGGACGAUGGGAACCUCUUCCCGCUCUUGGAAGGACAGGAUUCAGGGAACAGCAAUGGGAACUCCAGCGUCAACAUCACGGACAUCUCAAGGAAUAUCACUUCCAUACACAUAGAGAACUGGCGCAGCCUGCACACGCUGAACGCCGUUGAUAUGGAGCUGUACACUGGACUCCAGAAACUGACCAUCAAGAACUCGGGACUUCGGAGCAUCCAGCCCAGAGCCUUUGCCAAGAACCCCCAUCUGCGCUACAUAAACUUAUCGAGUAACCGACUCACCACGCUCUCAUGGCAGCUCUUCCAGACGCUGAGUCUUCGGGAAUUGAGACUGGAGCAGAACUUCUUCAACUGCAGCUGUGAUAUCCGCUGGAUGCAGCUGUGGCAGGAGCAGGGGGAGGCCAGGCUAAACAGCCAGAGCCUCUACUGCAUCAAUGCGGAUGGCUCCCAGCUCCCCCUCUUUCGCAUGAACAUCAGUCAGUGUGACCUUCCGGAGAUCAGUGUGAGCCAUGUCAACCUGACCGUACGAGAAGGCGACAAUGCGGUCAUCACUUGCAAUGGGUCUGGGUCACCCCUGCCUGAUGUGGAUUGGAUAGUCACUGGGCUGCAGUCCAUCAACACCCACCAGACAAAUCUGAACUGGACCAAUGUUCAUGCCAUCAACUUGACUCUGGUGAAUGUGACAAGUGAGGACAAUGGCUUUACCCUGACAUGCAUCGCAGAGAAUGUGGUGGGCAUGAGCAAUGCCAGUGUUGCUCUCACUGUCUACUACCCUCCGCGUGUGGUUAGCCUGGAAGAGCCUGAGCUGCGUCUGGAGCACUGCAUCGAGUUCGUGGUGCGGGGAAAUCCGCCGCCCACGCUGCACUGGCUGCAUAAUGGGCAGCCGCUGCGGGAGUCCAAGAUCAUCCGCGUGGAGUACUACCAGGAGGGUGAGCUAGCUGAGGGCUGCCUGCUCUUCAACAAGCCCACACACUACAACAACGGCAACUACACGCUCAUUGCCAAGAACCCUCUGGGCACAGCCAACCAGACCAUCAGGGGCCACUUCCUGAAGGAACCUUUCCCAGAGAGCACAGAUAUCUUUGUCUUUGAAUCCGAUGUGAGCCCUACACCUCCUAUCACUGUGACUCACAAACCAGAGGAAGAUACUUUUGGGGUAUCCAUAGCAGUCGGACUUGCUGCUUUUGCCUGUGUUCUUUUGGUGGUUCUCUUUAUUAUGAUCAACAAGUAUGGUCGACGGUCCAAAUUUGGAAUGAAGGGUCCAGUGGCUGUCAUCAGUGGUGAAGAGGACUCAGCCAGCCCCCUGCACCACAUCAACCAUGGCAUCACCACGCCCUCAUCCCUUGAUGCCGGACCUGACACAGUGGUCAUCGGUAUGACUCGCAUCCCAGUCAUCGAGAAUCCCCAGUACUUCCGUCAGGGACACAACUGUCACAAGCCAGACACAUAUGUGCAGCACAUCAAGAGAAGGGACAUCGUGCUGAAGCGAGAACUGGGCGAGGGAGCUUUUGGAAAGGUCUUCUUGGCUGAGUGCUACAACCUCAGCCCGACCAAGGACAAGAUGCUCGUGGCCGUGAAGGCUCUGAAGGAUCCCACCCUGGCCGCUCGGAAGGAUUUCCAGAGGGAAGCUGAGCUGCUCACAAACCUGCAGCAUGAGCACAUCGUCAAGUUCUAUGGUGUGUGUGGCGAUGGGGACCCCCUCAUCAUGGUCUUUGAGUACAUGAAACAUGGAGACCUGAACAAGUUCCUCAGGGCCCAUGGGCCGGAUGCGAUGAUCCUUGUGGAUGGGCAGCCACGCCAGGCCAAGGGUGAGCUAGGGCUCUCUCAAAUGCUCCACAUCGCCAGUCAAAUCGCCUCGGGCAUGGUGUACCUGGCCUCCCAGCACUUUGUGCACAGGGACCUGGCCACAAGGAAUUGCCUGGUUGGAGCCAACCUGCUGGUGAAGAUUGGAGACUUUGGCAUGUCCAGAGAUGUCUACAGCACCGAUUACUACAGGGAAGGGCCAUGCCAGAAGGGCCCAGUCAGCGUGUCAUGGCAGCGGCAGAGGCUAGCAGCAGCGACAACUUUCACAGUAGGAGGACACACCAUGCUCCCCAUCCGCUGGAUGCCACCUGAAAGCAUCAUGUACCGGAAGUUCACAACAGAGAGCGAUGUGUGGAGCUUCGGGGUGAUCCUUUGGGAAAUCUUCACCUAUGGGAAGCAGCCUUGGUUCCAACUCUCAAACACGGAGGUCAUUGAGUGCAUUACACAAGGUCGUGUCUUGGAGAGGCCCCGUGUCUGUCCCAAAGAGGUAUACGAUGUCAUGCUGGGCUGCUGGCAGAGGGACCCACAGCAGCGGUUGAACAUCAAGGAGAUCUACAAAAUCCUCCAUGCUUUGGGGAAGGCCACCCCAAUCUACCUGGACAUUCUUGGCUAGUGGCAGCUGGUGGUCAAAGAUUCGUACUCUGUUGCCUCCUGUAUCCCUGCCUCACAUCUCCCUUUACCACCUCACAACUCCUUUCUUCCUUCCCUGAUUGAAGGGAACAUCUUCAUAUAAACUCAAGUGCCUGCUACACAUACAACACUGAAAAAAAGAAAAAAGAACAAAAAAAGAAAGAAAGAAAGAAAGAACGAAAAAAAAAAAAAACCUUGUAAGGCAGUUUGGCUAUAUACAUAUAUAUAUAUUUAUAUAUCUAUCUAUCUAUAUCUAUAGAGAAUACCUUCUCUAAUACAGAGAGAAGCUGCUGAUUUAGAAAACUAUAAGACUUUAAUGACUCAGAAAAUCUUAAAUAUUAUUAACCUAAAUGAACAUUCCCUUGACUUAAGCUGUGGACUGUGCUACUUCAGUUCUACGGAUAUCUGAGCAGAUCUUGACCUUGCAGAGAGACAAUCUUUGCUUUGGGAUGGGAGGAGCUAGGGAGGCGCAUAAUCACUGUUGCGCAUGAGUGCCAUUACUAGGCACAUGCGCAGACUGUGUUGACCUUGCUCAGCCGGAAGUGACUCAGAAGACCAGAAUGCCUCCAGUCUACCCUCACCUUUGCCUCUUCGCCCUUCUCCAUUGUUUCCACUUCUGGACAAUUUUCUGAUUGGUCCCUUCUACAGAGUACUGUCUUGAUACCUUUGGGAAGCGCUGAUGGCGCCUACCAGUAGACCCUGAACAAUACCACAAAACCCAGACAAGAGCAGAUUACAUCUAUUUUGAGUGGAAACCACGCCACGUUCCUUGCUAGAUUCCAAGGGGAUUUGUUCUUCUAUCCUCUGAACUUCAAGAACUGCUUUCUGGACUAAAGAACCACAGAAGAAUAAAUAGCUGAAACCCGAAUCUCGACAAGGCACUGCCACAUGUCUUUCCUUCAUUGGAAUGACUCCUUGGCCCUACGUCUCAUUUUCAGGCCCCAGGGGAGUUUUGGAGGGUGGGAAAUAGAUUCCUUCUCAUUGGCUGCUAAAGUGGACAGAGCAGGUUUCAGGGGCUCAAUAGCAAGAGACUUAGUUGGUUAUUGGUCAUUGUUAGACAUGCUCCCUGGUCCUGUUUCUCAUCUUGCAACCCUAUGUUCUAGCCCCACCUCCUAGGAUUCUAUCAAGUACUAAGUGAGUCCCACUGCCAGGGAAAGAAUCCAGGUUUGGUGAGAGCCUAGGGCAGUAUGUGCUUCAGGGAGGCAGGCAGUGGUAUGGGUCAGAGCCAGCAGGGAAGAAUCUACUUACAUGCUAUCUGCUCCAGGGCCCUUAGCAUUCUCCUCACGUUUCCAGCCCCUAGAAGGAUUGAUGCAUCCACCUUUGAGCUUGCGAAAAGGCAGGGACUGAGAAAUCACUUUUGUGUGCUGGGAAUGAGGGAGGGGCUGAGGCUUCUCUGGGAAGUGUCCAAUGAGUGGUCAGUCCUGCAGGCUGGGCAUCUUAAUGAGGACUGAGUGCUGACCAGGGAGCCAGAAUGAAACAUCUGGGCUAGGGCCAGGGCCCCGUGCCCCAGAAAUCAGGGGAAUCUCUGCUUUUGUGCUGCUGCCAAGGACCUCAGCAGAUCAGAUCUCUGGGCUCUCUGGCACAAGAUGAGGAAAUGCCCAGAGCCCCUUUGCUGGGGAGGAGAAGAUGCACCCCUCCUGGGGCACCAGGCCCAUCCACAUCUCUUCAAGCACAGAGCUACCUAGUGGACUGACCUUUCCGAAACAGAAUCCUCCUGGGAGCCUCUGAUUUGCCCCCACUCCUGCCAGCUGAAGAACUGUCAGCUGGAUGCCCUGGUCAGCUGAAAUAUGUGAAUUCCUGUGUGGGGUUUAGGACUGAAUUAUGUGUUUGAGAUUUUGCUAUUUUAGAUCUCAAAAUGUUUUUAUUCAAAUAGAAAAGAGCUGUGUUCCAAUCGUAGUCACAGCUGGGAUUCAGGGAUCAGCAAAGCUAUGUGGAGGGACUGGGAAGAGAACUGGGUGAAUGGAAGCUGGGGCUGGGUCUCCUCACUGUGCUGUACACCUAGUCUCUGAGGACUUUGGAGGAAAGCUUUUGAGGUUGACCACCUCAAGAGAACCCUCUGUUACCAUCCAGCAGCAAUUACUUCUCUUAUUUCUAUUCUUUGCUUCACCUGAAGCCCUUGGUCUGUGUGUGGGUUGUUAAUGCUGGGUGGAAGGGCACAGUGCAGUUUUGAUCUGUAAAGAUGUUCAGGGAUGGAAUGACCUGAGGGACUUGAGGGCGAACUGUUUUCUGCACAGAAGAGAUCCUUCAGUGCUUCUCUCACUGCCCUUCUCACAUAUCCUCUUCCAAAAUAUACUCUGUGGUUUUGAUCCUCUUGGAUAUGGUCUGUAGAACCUCACAGUUGAUAAUGGGAGACGAAAUGGUUUGGAAACUUGCAGACAACCAGGUAUAAAGAAUAUGUGAAGGUUCAAAUCAUGGCACUGAGUCAUCAUCGCCAAAUAAAACAAAUUAAUUCCUUGGGGAACAAGGACCAUUGAAGGACCCUGAGCUUGUCAGCUUGGCUUUGUCUUAAUGUCAUAGCCCUGUGCAUUGCCACUGGGGUCAUGUCUUGGUUAUGUGCACCAGGAGCAGCCACCUACGGAAGAGUGCAUGAGAGAGAGAGAGAGAGAGAAAGAGAGAGAGAGAGAGAGAGAGAGAUUGGUAGAAUUAAUAGAGGUAGACUGGGAUGACAUUUUGCACUUUUUUUCUGCUCUGUGGAGUUCCUACAUGUUAACCAAGACAUGUAUAAAAAUUUAGAGUGUAAAGGAGGCAGAGAAUAGGGCUAUGGCCUAGGGGUGUGCAGAGCAUAGUAUUCCUCCUAUUCUGAAAGCGAACCAGAAAGACCUGCUUCACUAUCUUAGGUUCCCAUCUGUCAUACAAGGUGUGUCCUUGCUAAUUUUUGGCCCUCUUCUGGCUCUGAAUUCUUAUAUUCAAACAGCAUCAAGAUCCUGUGUAAAUCUUUUCUGAGCAUCACUCUGAAAUGUCUGGCUAGUCUUUCUCAGGCCUUGGGUAAGUGGAGGCAGUUGCCUCUGAGAGCACACUAGACUUGUGCUGGGAUCACUUCUGGUAAGAAUGUCCUCUUCUCUUUUGUAUCCAUGUCUUCAAAAAUCAGAGUCUGAAAAAAGAGUAUGCUAGAUGCACAGAAAGCAUUUGUUCUUGUUUUCCAUCUUUACCUUUUAUUGUACCAGAAAAACACUAUCUAAGGUUUAUUUAUUUAUUUAUAUAUUUAUUUUUAGAAGACCCCGUGUGUUUAAAUGGGUCACUGAAUCAUAUCUCAUCAGCCAAUGUGGCUGCUCCCGUGUACUCCACUCUCCUCCUCUCAUGCUCAAAAUGCUUACACCUUAAAAGAGCACAGCAGCUGGACUCUGAGUGUUUCACGUGCAGCAAGCUCCGUGUAGUGAUUUGUGAAUAUUCUUGGAAACCAAGGGUGAUGUCCUGGCCAUGCUGUUCUCACCUGGUCCCAUUAUAGAAUGAACAUAAGUGACUUUCUGUCACAUGCUCACCUCAGGUCAAGAUACUAUGGAUGAGGGUCCUCCAUGUUCCUUUUGGCUUUAGACAUGAACCAAAUGCUGGCCUGUAAUUGUAUCUCUGAUCUUUGAGUGGACUUUGGAGAUCACUAAACCUCCCUUAGUCAGCAGACGAAGGACUUCCACUCGGUAGGCUAUGCACAAAUUGUCUUGGGGAGAGGCUUCCUACUAGAGGUAAAUGGUCUUUUGAUCUUCUGGGUUCAGACUGAGCACUGACAUUCUUUUCUGGUGAUGAUUACUUAUCGGAACACACUAGUGCAAGUAUUUCUGGUGCUAAAUACUACAGAAACCAACAUCAACAGAAGAUCUUUCAGCUUCUUUCUGGGCCUGCAUGAACUCAUCUCAGGAAUGAAAGAGUCAGUUAUGCUAGGAAGGCACAGGGAACAUCAGAAAGAUCACAACUGCUGGAUUUUCUCUUGGUUACCCAGGUAACUUUGGCUAAACAAUUAAUCUCUCAAAUUAUCCAAUUUUCUUUCUGAUACAUUUAAGUGGUUGAAGUAGAUAUACUUAGGGGCCAUUUCAGUUUUUUAAAAAAAGCAGUUAUGUUCCUUUCCCAUCAACUCCAAAGCUUACUUGUUAGAAAUGAGAUAAAAUUAAAGGUAAGGAGGGAUAGAGGAAAAAAGUUACCAAUGGCGAAGGGAUUGAUCACUGAUGGGGCAAAAAGAAAGUUCAACAUCUGGUGUGUCUGUGGGAUACUGGUGGAGGUGGUGGCCAGGCAAACAAGCCUCAUCCAGAACAUCUGUAUGUUCAAGAGAAACUGCUUGCUCUAGUUUACACAUUAGAACUAGUUCACACAUUAGAACUAGUUGUCAUUUCCCUCUCAGCACCGACAUGCCCAAAGUCAGCAGAUACUUUUCUGACACAUGGAACAGGUUUGCCCACUUCUCACUGGCAACUCAAACUCAGGGUCAAAAACCAAAAGAUCUUUAUCUUUAAAUACUAAUUGUAAGGAACUAACAUACUGGAAAGAAGACAUGUUGAAAGUUGCAAAGUCUUUAUCCAAGUCCUCACCAUUCAGAAAUGGACCAUGGGUUUUUCCUUUCUUUUCUGAACCAAAAAUCAGUAUAAUUUUGACUAUGAGGUACAGUUAUCACAAUGAACAGUCAUAAUUUGGGGUCUUCUCAAGGCAUUGCUCAGAAUAUAGAGUGUAGACAUAACAACAGAUGCUUAUCGAGUGAGCCUAUGUGGCAGCAAUUCAGAGGGCCGCCCUCCGUUGCUUCUGAGAUGUCUCCUGUCCACUUCAGUUGAGAGCCAGACUCUAGAAUGGCUAGUGGAAUUUGCCUUAGAGCAAAAUACAGCCCCUGAAGCCUAGGCCUUAAGUACGCAGCCACUCACUAUGGCUUUGUUGCCUUUGAGCUCCAUCUUCUUUCACACCAAAUAAAUCAUUUCGGUCACUACUCAAUAGGUUCUAAGGAAAAAUUCUAAGUUUUUGUGCAACUAAUGAAUGAACUAUUAAUGCAGAUUCCAGAAAAUGUUUUGGGAUUGCUUGAACACCACUGCAAAUAAUUCUCUAAGGAAAAUGCAGAUAUAUGUAAAUUGUAUAUCUUAUCUACAUGUGCAUAUUUGGUUGGAAUGGUUUCAGAGAAGGACUGCCUAGAGUUAGCACAUUGAUUGGGAUAUGGAGUUCCCUUUGCAUCUUAUAUUUCUUGUGGAUGAGACUGGCUUCAAAGAUAUUCAGCAUGGUUCUGAUGGGAAAUCUGUCAUCUUGUAAUGUUUGGUCAUUGGUGCUCUCCAGAUUAAAUUAUCUUGACAAUAACAUUCUGAGCAUGAGAGUAUCACUGUUCCUGGUUGCUUAAUAUAUCACCACAUAGAACUGUUCCUAUUACACUUUAUGUGGGAGCUGGUUUAGAAGUCACUCACUGCAGAGGACUCCUUCCCCAAGAGGGACGGGAGAGAGGGCAUGUGAGAUGCUGAUAUGUGAUUACUCUUUCUGAAACGCAUUACUGACUUUUGUCAUUGUGGUGAAUAUUCGUCAUUGCAUUGGGUUUAGGACUUUUGCUCUGAGUAUGGUCUGCUCUUCCUAAAGGGAUCUGAAUCUUGGCUUCUGAAGGGAUUUCUGUUUGCUUGGUACAUUCUUCCCAAGCAGUUUCUUUGGCUGCCUAUAAAAUACUUAUACUUUGGAACAAGAAAUGCCUGUGACUCAAGUUUCAGUGUGCCAACAUAGGUAUUCUUAGAGCGAGCUGGGGAGCACGAGACUCCUUGAGCAUGGCUGGAAGCCUAGAUCAAAGUAACGAAGGUCAUAUUCUUCUUCCUUUUUAGUAAACUACUAAGUUCCAAGUUUAAAGCAAGGCCUGGCUUGAUAUUUGCAGUGGGGAACAGUGUCUCAAAUCAAUGAAAUGGGCUCCGUCCCUCAUAGUGGCAAAACAGUAAGUCCUGUUAUUGUUUCUAAUCACUCAGGAAUAUGUUGCUUGAUGUGUGGGCCAUGGCCCAAGAUUUCAAGAGGUAAUUCUAGCAGACAAACAGAUAAGUUUCUUCUAGAUGUAGCAAGGCAACACAGAUGAGAAAAAAAAAAAAAAAAAACAACAACUACUAAAUACUUAUUUCUAAGAACAUCCAGGCUCUCAAGUUGUACUUUUUGAUUUUGGUGUGUUAGGAGAUUUGCUUUCCUUGCAUCUUAGCUGAUGAGAAGCUUACGCAUCCCUUCUGCAAAGCCACAGCAAGACACAGAGCUCAGAUCUCUAGUGUGCACCCUGAGAUUCUUUUCACUGUGACAUUCCCCAACUCUGAGAAAUGCAAACUUCAAAGUCUAUCCUUUUUACUUAAAAAGAGUUUGUGAGAUUUACAUUUUAAAAACUCUUAACUUUGUAAUGCUUUAAAUGAUAGGACACAUUCAAUACUCAGUAUCCACCUCCUACCCUGAAGUCUGUCCUGAUUCUGUUUCCAUUUAACAGCUACCUGACAACUCUGAACCUGACUCUGGAGUACAUAAAACAAAUCUGGUGCAGGUCACUUGAUUCUGCUGUCCACAAUAGGGAAGUAAAUAGAUAUUCUCUCUCUCUCCUUUUGCUUUUUUGUUUUCCUUUUUUCCUCCAGAUUCCGUGGUACAGACAAUCCACCUUCUCAAACUCUGUGAAAGUCUUAAUAAGAGGUGAAUCUCAGGCCCACAAACAGUUUGGACUUCAAAUAGUAAGAAAAUUGGCACUGAAUGAUUCGACACACAAAGCAGAAAACUUUCAUUUCCUGCAAGCAGGAUGGAAUUGACUGUUAUAUUAGACUUCUGAAGGAGCCCUGCCCUGGAGUAAUUUCAGUACUGUCAGACAAUGUUGACAUCUAGAUUAACCUCUGUGCAGUGAAUUUUACUGCAUAGCUCAUUGAGAUGCGUGCGGUAUGUUUCUGUAAAUCCCAUCUGGAACUCUUGCUGGCCUACCCUCUUCGACCUGCCUCUGUCUUUCCCACCUACUUUUCUCACAGCCCGUGAACUUUCAGCCUCCAGGAGCAGAGGAGCUCUGGCUGGGGUCUCACCCUAAGAGAGGAAGCUUUUCCCUUUUCUGCCCACAGUGCUGAGCCAGGCAGAGUGACAGUAGUUGUCACUGUACUGGGUUUCCUUGAGAGGACUGCAAAUCAAGGUAUGAAACCCACGAGGCUGAUGACAAGGAGUCUUGUAGCAUAUCGUGAUACAGCACAAAGGAAUGAAAUGAUUUGUGGAAAAUGGGAGUGCCCCAUAUCAGUUAGCUGUGCUCGGGGACCUCUAGUCUUUUGGAGUUUCAAAGGCCAGACACAAGGUCAUGAUUGCAUCCAGAUGGGGCAGGUGAAUUCUGACGGACAAAAGUGUGUCCUCUACACAGCUGCUUCUCUAGACAGAGGAAUCAGCUGUUCCCUUGGCACUAGUUUGUCAACCCUCUUUAAGGCCCAGUGAACUUUAGAAUGGACUGAACCCUGUAUAACUUACUGUGUGAUGGCACAGUGAGACACAGAGCCAGAAGCAGCUCAGAGCUGUGAUCACAAGUUCUCUACAAACUUGGGCCAUUACUGAUAUUGAAAUUUUUGAUAAAAGGCUUUCAGCUUAGCUUCAGCUCCCUUCAUGCUCUGGAUUUGUGGAAAUAUUCCACAUUACCACAGGCAUUUUUGAAAACUUCCCCCAAGGUGUUAGAAUAGUGUACAACAAAUUUUUCUGCAAUUUUUAUGAUACUGACUCCACUUCUUUUUUUUACUCUGUGAAUGUGUGUGUGUGUGUGUGUGUGUGUGUGUGUGUGUGUGUACAUAUGUGUUUUCCUAGAGAUUGAUCCCAGGGCCUUUGCACUGAGCUAUACCCCCAGUUCUUUGGUAUAUUUUGAGACAGGGUUUCACUAAUUCACCAAGUUGCCCAGUCUGGGCUUAAAUUUGCCAUCCUUUGGCCUCAGCCUCCCAGAAUGCUGUGAUUCUGAUCUCUUUAAAACUAACUUUUAUACUUUACUUAUCUUUAAUAUGAGUAGUAAGAACCUCCUUGUAUGUUUUUAGAUAUUUCUUUAGGAGAACUGAAAGUUUCCAGAUGAGCACAUUGUGUUUAGUUUAUUGACAGGGAAAAUUGAUUUCUGAGCAGAGUAACAUUGCAGUCAUAGAGAAGUACUCUUGAUGAUUUUGUUUACAAGCAAUUAUCAGUGUGCUUUGUUCUAGAUGCUAAAGCUCACAUAGUUCCAUCUUCAUUUAUCAUUUUAUUAUUUAUGUCAUGAUACUUGGUUACAUGCACAAAUAUGCAUACUUUGUGCACGCAAAUGCCUCAAUAAUGUCUGUGUAAAAACCAUGAAGUCACAUCUGUGUUGCUUCUAUUAACCACUGUGUGCAUAUGUGUGCAAAUAAGUGUGCAUCACCUUUUGUUUCUUAAUCCUUUAUAUUGCUGUACUGCUAUCAAUACAUAGCCUUUGGUUUUUUGCACUUCAGAAUUUUUACAAAGUUUUUUUUUUUUUUUUGAGGGAGAAAAUUCUGAUUUUCUCAAAGACUAUAUAUUUAAAUGCAAGACUACUUUUCUUUUUAUAAACAAAACCCAAACUAAGCCUUGAUUCAAUUUUUAUUUAAUUAAUUUUGUGGGAAGAAAGACAUAAAACUGAUGCCUGCAUAAUAAACAUUAAGUGCAAAUAUAAAUAUGAACUAAAGUAAGCAAGUUAUUGAAUCUGUCCUUGGGCUGAAGCAAUUAGUCAGAUAUAAAACUCAAACAAUCCAAAGGGUUUGCAGUGUGAAGUGGAAAGGUUAGCACGGGGCAAAGCUGAGAGCUGAGCUGAUAGCUAGCAGGCUCAACGGGCUGUUCCUCGGCUGGGUGACCGUGUAAGUCCCCUCAGCUAUGUGAGCCAAUGUAGUACUCAUGUCUUUUUUUAAGUGGGCAGCUGGCAGCUAGUCGCAGGCUUUUGCCUCUUCUGCUAUUGUAGUGACAGGGAAAGUCAAAUUUAUUCCUUUUCAUUGCUCAGAUUUGUUACCCAUGGAGAAUCAAGAUUCCCCCUUGCACGAGUGUGUAAACAUCUUCAUUCUGGUCACUGGCACCUUCAGUAUAACUCUUGCAGCUCUCUUUUGAAGGCUUUCCAAACUGGAUUCUUUCCUCCCAUCUCAUCCCUGAAAGGAUUAAGUCCUAUCUGUGAGAAGCUAGAGAAAGAUCUAGUGGUUCAUCCCCCUCUGCUCUAACCUGAGCGUCAACAGGCUUGUGAUUUAGCCUUGGGUUUCCCCAGCCAUCCAUCUCUUUCCAGCUCUGAGGACAAAGUGAUUAGCUCCUUAUUAGCACUUCAUUACAGGCCUUUUUUUUUGCACAACAGACCCUAGGACAGUGAGACUAUUAUAAUGCCUCAUUCUGUCUUUGAAGUCAUCUCAUCUAUCUGAUCAGGAAAGGGGAGGCUUUCCCACACAUAUAUCUUCAUCCUAAUUUUUCAUUCUUGUUUUCUGGCUGUUAAAUAUACUGUUAAGUGUAAGACCAUGAUUUUACGUUUACCUAGGCCCCUAUGAUCAAGGGUAUACUAUAUCAUUAUAGAAUAAGAGCUUCAGUCAAGUUUUUAUUUAGUGGAGUGGCUAUCAGAUUGACAUGUGUAUUUGAAGAAGCUUGCAAAAUUUGGGUGUAAGAUGUGGCCAGAGACUUUUUCAAUUAAAUAAAAUCUUUAUUGUGCUAGUGCCAGAAAGGUUAUACUAUAAGAACAGAAUUGAGCCCAGGGUGCUAAGAAAGCUUGAGAUAGGAAAAAAUCACUCAAAGAGCUGGGAAACUCAACCUCAUGUUCACCAAAUCAUCACAUAUUAAUAGAUGCUUCAGCCUCUUCCCUUCAGUGCCUCUAAAAAACACUAAAUAUCCACCUUUGCUGUUCAAAACAAAUUAUUCAUGUCUGACUCAGUCGUGAUUUUAAAAAGUCAUAAAAAACAACCAUCUAGAAAUAGUUUAAUAGUAGUUCUUUUCCUAAUCCCUACUAACAUUUUCAAUGAUAUUUUUGAUUUUUUCAUUUUUAUUGCUUUAGGAAAAACUAAGGGGUCCAUUUUAAAAUGUUGCCUAAGUAAAAUGGCAAGACAGAUUGAAAAUGGUGAGUAGAGAUAGUAUCAGUAGGAGACGGAGGUCUGGAAGAAUGACCUUUAGAGAAGCAUUGGCAUUUUUGUGUCUUUGCCUCGAUCUACAAAUCCAACCAACCAACCAACCAACCAACAAACAAACAAACAAACAAGCAAACACAAAGUCACACUGUUAAUACUAGAAGUGCUCACAGUUGUCAACAAAGAGUGCUUUGUGGGCUGUUCAGAGUCCCUUGAGUAGGUAGAACUGACUCUUUGGAUAGAAGUGUUGUACACAGUCUUUCAGGGUAUGAAGCUCAGAGCUGCUUUUAAAUUGCACUGUGUUUGGAGGAGCAAUUUCUUUUAAUUCAUCCUGAAAUCUGGUUCUUAAAUGUUAUAUCAUUAGUGUUUUCUCCUUUGACUUACCAUUGAGCAUCUAGUGAUGAAAAAUGGUUUAAAAACACAAGCACACAGGGCCGAGUUUACUGAUUUGGCUCUGUCAUUGAAAAGAAACUUUUGGUUGAUUUUAUUUUCAGGCUUAGAACCAUGAUUUUUUUAGGGAAUUGGCAUCUCCUGCUGCAUGUCACUUCUUCCCAUUCAUUGCUUUCAUGAGGUUCUAUAGAUUUUCCCAUAAUUCUUUGUGAAAUAAGACUGUAAAGUUUCCUCAAUAAAUUCAUAGUGAAGCUAACUUGCAGGGAGCACUGAAGUGACAGUGAUCUAGAAGCAUUUUAGGGCCAGUGGUCUCAGCACGGGAAAAUAACUGUAAGAUGGAAAGAACUGCUCUAGCAAAGACCAAACACAAAGCCACCACUACCCCAAGCACAGCUAAAAGGUGAGUGGGAGUCCCACCGAGGACCUGGUUUGGCUGAGAAUGAAGCCCUUGACAGUAAGUGCUGAGAUGAGAUCACCAAGGCUUCAGCAGUGAUGCCGUUUAGAGCCCCUGAAAUAAUCCUAGGUGUUUGUGAUGCCAACCCCUAUUUUAAGUAGCUUACAGCGGUGACUACUUGACAAGAUAAAUCUUUCCAAUAUUAUUUCCUUUCAAUUCCAAAGCAAUCAUCAGGUGUGAUGUACCUGACAAGAUGCAGUGCAUUUAUUACAAGAAUUUUGACCAAUCUAAAGAAAAAUCAGAAUAAAGCUGAAUAUACAAAAUGCUGAGAAAUUCAUAAAUGCUUUUAUUUGAGUUCAGAAUACCUCAGUUCUCUUUUCUCUUCUUACCUUCUACUCAACCUUCAUUUUUCCUAUAUGGGAUAGUAAAACCUUUGUUUUAGAUCUCUGUCUAGAUGAUUUUUCUCUUACAGUUGUCUAGCAGGCAGAAAGCAUCCUAGCUCUCUUUGAAAUGAAAAUCCAAAUUGGGUUGUGUUUUUUAAAGUUGGGGUGUGAAGUUGGAGAAGGCAAGCUGGCUCAGGGUGAUGUUUUGUAAUUCAUUCUGAUAAUCUUGAGGAGGUGGGUACCUUCAUUGCACUGCAAAAGUCCAAGUUGUCUCACUGUAUAACUUCCUAGCAUCACCACUGAGUAGUCAAGGGUCUCAGAGCUAUCAUUUGAGAGGUAACUCACUAAAUAUGGGAAAUUUGAGCUUCUUUGUUACAAAAACAGCUAGAAUCUACUUCGGUGCUUGAUUUCUUUCCCCAUUCUGGAAGUUCCACUUUUUAUGGGAUAUUUUCAUUCCAAGGCUAGCAAAAAUUGAUCAAAGCUGGUAUCUAAAGCAAGGGCACCCCUACACCUAUCAGAACUGAAGACAAUCCAGUUGACUCACGUUAUUUUUCUGGUACCCCAUGAUAUCAAGGGAUUUUUUGAUUAUGUAUGCGUAGAGCACAGAGGGUUAGCAUGAGGGAACUGUCAACUUAAAAGGGAAGGAAAUCAAUUUGAGACAAGAAAAUUCUCACAUUGUAUGUGAGAGAAAACAGUAGUGCUGUUGUGUUUAGCAAAGACAGGUGCACUGUUCAAGGAGGGUUCAUGUCCUUCUUCGAGUUGGCUUUAGUUGUUGACAUUGUGUGUGUGUGUGUAUGUGUGUGUGUGCGCACAUGUGUAUGCACAUGUGUAUGUCUGAGGGUGUAGAAGCAGAUAGGAAUGAGUUGUGUAUAAGUUUAGAUUGUCCCUUGAUAACAACACAAGGUCUUCUCACUUUCCAGAAAUGUGACAGUAAAAUUAGAGCUCAAGAAGAAUUCAGAGCUCCAUGUUUCAGUACAAGGUAAAGUUUUACCCAAAUAUUUCCUUUGAAAACAUUCAGUCAAUAACAAACCAAAUUAACUUGACAUCAACAAUUAGUAUUACACAACAAAGUUAGGAGGCAGCAUCUGCAGACCCUGCUGCCACAUGUGUUACGGGAUUUUAUUCUAAGGGCACAGGGCCAUGGCUGCACAUGAGGGAAUAUGCCUGUAAGCCUGAAUGGGGAUUUGGGUGACAUGGACUGUCCUGUCAUAUUUUGACAAUGCAUUCAUUCUGCUCUGCAGAAAAACUAGCGUAGCUUUAGGGAUAUUUUUAAUUUGAAAUGGUAUGAAAAAAGAGACUUUUGGAACAAUUUUUGAGGACUGUUGCCUAAGGCCAGCCUUUGGUAAAAGGUUUUUCCAUUUGAUCAGCAAAGCUUCUGGCUUUGCCCAACCCAGAGCACAAGUUCUGUAAUGAAUUCUUGAGUAUCUUUUUCAGCACCAAGGACAGCAAACACCCCCCUCUCAAUUGACCUAGGGCCUACCUACUAACCUGCUCCCAAUCCUAAAUUCAGGGGCUUGCAUCUUCUAUUCAUCCCCAAACCUACAAUAGCUUUUAUUUUUUCCCCAACGCUGAGUUAGCUAUUUCUGUUGUUUUCUUGACCUGAUAAAUACUAGGGUUUGAACUAACCUACUCAAUUCUUGCGGCUUAGAAGAUGGGGAAGAUGCUAAGAUGUUGGUGGAGGGCAUACUUUGGAACAGGCUCCCCUUAAAAAAGCCUUUACAGAUUCCCUUGACUUGUAAACUCUCCAAUAUUGAACUCCUUAUAGGAGUAUUAUUUUGAAAUUUCUGAUAUUCAAUAUUUUGAAAUUUUUGCAUAUCCCCCACAAUAUACAAAUCUCUGUUUCACUUGGUGUGCAUAUGGAGGCAAUAUUUCACAGUGGUUGAUCAGGAUCAGAGAACUCAGCAGAUAGAGAUGGCCCCAGGUAAGCUGCUAUGAGGCAUUUUGGAGACUCAAGGGAGGCCACUAUUUGCUUGUCAGCAUCCUUCAUCUUUUCCAUUGGUCAGCAGCUAUUUUUGUCUUGAAAAAUCAUGGUAAGAAUGGAAAUAGGUCCUCAGAAAGUAGGUCUUCAGGCAGAGUGAGGUAGUACACUGAGCCCAUAGGGUAGCAGAAGCACAUGCUGCUAACUUUCCUUUGUGAUUGGCCAGUUUUCAUAUAGCAGAAUAAUACACAAAUAUCACCCUAAAGCAGCACUCUCUUUUCUUGACUAGUUGGCAUCUUCCUCACCACUCAUGUCAGGAUGGGUCCUGUGCUUGUAAGGCAAGACAACCUCUGCAAAUUUCAUCUUAAGCACUGUCUCAUGCUGCACAGAUGUUAGAGAAACUCUACUUUGUCUGUCUCUGGGCUAUCCAAGGCUCAAGGCUACUACUCUCUCACUUCCUUUUUCUUUUCAUUGCUAAUUAUCAUAAUUUUUAACAGAUAGUGGUGAAAGAACAUUAAGAUUUCUUUUAAAGAUGGGUAAGAAAAUAAGCCUAUUCCAGUAUUAACAUUUGUCAUGCACAAAGAGCCAUGACAUCAGUCUAUCUAGAUUAUUCUUAUGAACACUGGGGUGGGUAGGCUUCAAGUUCUUCUAUUGAGGCCCCACAGAAUAUGGAAGCUUUUUAAAUAUUUAAAUUGAGGAAUAAUCCUAGUUUAGAAAGAGCAUGAUCAACAAAGACUAGCAUCAAUAGAAGGUAUUUUUUUCUGUAGAGCAAAGAAAGUGUUGAAAAUUCACUGUUACUGGACAAGUGACAUACUGGCCAGUGGAAAGGUAGCCUGAGACCAGAAACACAGAGCCGGAUGUACAGGUGAUGUCAAUAGAAGCUUCAAGAGGGAAUAUGCCAGAGGAUUAAACCUUAUAAAGGGUCUCAAUACUUUUUCCGGAAAAGUCCUAAAAUCUUCAAGGGUACUUGUAACCCUCUGCCUUUUCAGAGGCGAGCUCAGCUCUACUUCUGGGUUCUUAAGGCAAAUGCCCUACAAACACCAAAGUCUUGUAUUUUCCACUCUCAGUCAGUGCUGGCUGUCUUGAGUGGUUAUUUUUCCCUUUCCUAAGUGUAAGGGACUUGUUUUCAGGAGAAGUGUCCUUUAAACAUCCAGCUAAAACUGGAGGUAAUUUUUUGCAUGAAUGGCUUUUUACAGCUAGGUCUAAAGCAGAACAAAACUUGUAUUAAACUAAGUGCUACUUUACAUAUCUUAUUUCAAGGGAAAUGAAGGAUUUAUUGCCGUGUAAAUGAUAUACACUUAUUUGUUUCCUACUGGACAUUACAUGUCCCUUUAUCUUUCAGCUGAUAUUGUGCAGCAAACUUUCAAUAUCUGGAAAAUCAGCUGGUACCUACUUCAGUGCAUUAGUAGGAUAUUAUGUUCUCAGAGGGGAAUUUUGCAAAUGAAGUUUGGGUGCUGUUGUAACUGAUUUCCAUCCCCUACCCCUAAGCUUUCUCUACUAAAUAUCUGUAAAGUGAUUCUAUCUUGUCUGAUCCUAUGUGUUUGUGUGUAUUUCCCAGUGUCUGUAUAGAUAUAUUGGCUACCUGCAGGAUUAUCUGGGUUAUGGCAACUGCUGAGCAGUGGUGCAUUGGGCAUACGGGCCACAUGCUGUAUGUUUGCACACUUGUUCAGGGCCAAUCUAAUUCACUCACAAAGUUUAAAAAAAAGGAAUGCAAUUUGGCUUCAACAAUGGAUAUUGUAUUUCCAAGUCAUCAUUAAUUAAUGGAGACUGUGACAGAAGCUGAGUUGAAGUGUGUUUAAGUAGAUGUUAUGUCAUUUAUUUAAAUUUCAUUGGUUAUUCUUGUGUUCUAUUUUAUCGUAUAAAUAUUCCUUCAGGAUACUUGUUUGAUUUUUCCCCAGGCCACUAGGAAGUACUUAUUGUGAUUUGUUUCCCAUGAUUUGAAUCCUAAAUUUGUUCCUAUUGAUGACUGUGGUUUUAGUAAAAUUGGUUUAACUAAUAGUUCCUUUCUUUGAGGUAUAUUUUCAUCCAUUCCUUUAUUUUAUGGAAAAUUAAUACUUUGACUAUGCUAACUUUAUUUGCAUCAUGGCAAGUUUUGGGAAGUUAAUCCAGUUCAGUGACAAGCUCAUUUGCCUAGAGAAGAAGAUCAUUGUAUAAAUAAAACUCUUAAUAAAAGGUGUUUUAUGCAAAACAAUUCAAGAGAAAAAAAGAAAGAUCUUAAAACAAAAAAUAAUGUGAUUUGAUAAGAUGGCCCCAGAGUAGAGGGGGUGUGUUCUUGGCUGGUAUUAGGGUAACUGGAAAAGGCAAGUGCCCACCUUUCUCUACUGCCCGUCCCACCCUUCCUCCCUCCUCAACCUCAAAAGAAAACAGAAGAUUAUUUUUUUAAACUGUAUUAAUAAUUUAUGUUUAAUACAAAAGGAUGAUUUCAUCGUGUCACCAAAGGUCGUUUCUCUCAUUGUGCAUGCCCUCUGCUCUCGGCCCCACACCAGCAGCCCGUUCUUCACCCUCAUGCUUCCAUCGCAGGGCAAACCUACGUCUUCAUCAGAAGCCAUGGGUGUUGGAGUUCCUUGUGGGGGCAGAGAUUUAACACCAUGACACUAAUAAGAACCAUUCUUCCCUUUCAAAUGGUUAAUUAUUGCAAGAAGGCAAACUCUUUUCUUGGCUUUUGUUUCAAAACAUUUUAUACAUAUAUAUGUAUAUAUGUGUGUGUAUGUAUGGAUAUAUGUAUGUAUAUGCACAUGUACAUGUAUAUAUGUAUAUAUCCAUCUCUGAUAUAAAUAUAAUCAUGUGUGAGAAUUAUAAAUAUUCCUGGGUCAUAUGUCUGUCUCUCAUAGUAUCAUGUCGUCACUGUUAUGUUAACGACUCCAUUUAUUGACUGAUGAAAUUAUGUGUAGAUCUGUAUUCUCCUGACAUAGUUUAUGUAGGGUCUAUUCUCAAAUAAAGUAUAAAACAACAA